GGGGGCCUCUGGGCCCCCCCCACUAUGGACGAGCGGCUGCUGGGGCCGCCCCCUCCAGGCGGGGGCCGGGGGGGCCUGGGGCUGGUGGGUGCGGAGCCUGGGGGCCCUGGCGAGCCUCCCGGUGGCGGCGACCCCGGCGGGGGUGGCGGGGGGGUCCCGGGAGGCCGAGGGAAGCAAGACAUCGGGGACAUUCUGCAGCAGAUAAUGACCAUCACGGACCAGAGCCUGGACGAGGCCCAGGCCAAGAAACACGCCCUGAACUGCCACCGAAUGAAGCCAGCACUCUUCAGCGUCCUGUGUGAGAUCAAGGAGAAGACUGGCCUCAGCAUCCGAAGCUCGCAGGAGGAGGAGCCCGUGGACCCCCAGCUUAUGCGCUUGGACAACAUGCUUCUGGCAGAAGGUGUGGCUGGGCCUGAGAAAGGGGGGGGCUCCGCAGCGGCAGCUGCAGCCGCAGCAGCUUCCGGGGGCGGCGUGUCCCCUGACAACUCCAUCGAACACUCGGACUAUCGCAGCAAGCUCGCCCAGAUCCGCCACAUCUACCACUCGGAGCUGGAGAAGUAUGAGCAGGCAUGCAACGAGUUCACGACCCACGUCAUGAACCUGCUGCGGGAGCAGAGCCGCACGCGGCCCGUGGCGCCCAAGGAGAUGGAGCGCAUGGUGAGCAUCAUCCACCGGAAGUUCAGCGCCAUCCAGAUGCAGCUCAAGCAGAGCACCUGCGAGGCCGUCAUGAUCCUGCGCUCCCGGUUCCUGGACGCCAGACGGAAACGCCGCAACUUCAGCAAACAGGCCACCGAGGUCCUAAAUGAGUAUUUCUAUUCCCACCUGAGCAACCCGUAUCCCAGUGAGGAGGCUAAGGAGGAGCUCGCCAAGAAGUGUGGCAUCACCGUCUCUCAGGUCUCCAACUGGUUUGGCAACAAGCGGAUUCGCUAUAAGAAAAACAUCGGAAAGUUUCAAGAGGAGGCAAACAUCUAUGCCGUCAAGACCGCCGUGUCUGUCACCCAGGGGGGCCACAGCCGCACCAGCUCCCCGACACCCCCUUCCUCCGCAGGCUCUGGCGGCUCUUUCAACCUCUCAGGAUCCGGAGACAUGUUUCUGGGGAUGCCCGGGCUCAACGGAGACUCCUACCCUGCCUCCCAGGUGGAAUCACUCCGACACGCGAUGGGCCCCGGGGGCUACGGAGAUAGCCUCGGGGGAGGCCAGAUGUACAGCCCCCGGGAAAUGAGGGCGAACGGCGGCUGGCAGGAGGCUGUGACCCCGUCCUCAGUGACGUCCCCAACAGAGGGGCCAGGGAGCGUUCAUUCUGACACUUCCAACUGAUCUCACCCCUCGGCCACAGGGUGGGGGCUCAGAGGGGACUCUUGAUGAGAGGACAAAGGCAUCCAGAGGACAAGCCCCAGACACAGGAGAAGCACAAGACGGAGAAGGGCAAAUGGGGUCGCCCUCCCCCAGCCGACUCAGUGCUGGGGUUGCUGACUACAUGGCAAGGAGAAGGGGGUCCCCCCUAAGGGGAAGGUGGGGUCUGUCUCCCCUUUUUUCCCCUUCUUUUCAAGCUUUUUCUCUACCCAUUUCUCACAUAGAAACACACCCAGAACCCUAUCUUUCAGGUCCUCUCUCUCAUAGACACAUACACGACUAUUCCGUUUCUCUCCCUCUUUCUCUUUUUUUCUCUCUCUCUCUCUCUCUGGGUUCACCCAUUCUCCCUCCCCCACCCCUUAUCUGCUCUGGGAUCUGUGGAGAUGCCAGCCUUGCCCUACCUACCGGAGAUGCCAAAAAUGGGGACACAACUUCUGGACAGAUGACCUGGCCACGCCCCAGGCCUCCCCCCUCCCCCUCCAGACGGCUUUAUUACCUCAUAUGCAGCUCAUCUUAAACCAAUAGAAUUGCUCGGUGAA